AUGGAAUCGCUACCAAACCAAUUACGAACAGGCACCGAGGAACCGAUUGAAUGCUGGGAUGACGACGACGAUUUGCAAUUCAACGGGGAUGUUCAGUUUCGCACCGCAUCCAGUGCGGGAUCCAUAACAAAUUCGUCAUUCCGGCCAUCUGGGCAUCGAGACUCGAUUUCCUCGCGACGUUCUGCACGCUCAGAUAUCGACUCCAAUGCUGGAGACGAGGAUUGGCAGGUCCCGCUAUACGAGAAUGACGAGUUUGCAAAAGAAGAAGCUAUUGCCUCAGCCAAGACCGCGGGUAUUCCCAUUCCUCCAGAUAUUCCCAAAUCGGCUCUCAUCGGCGGCACGAUCAAGCGCUUGUCCACCCGAAAGACCCGAAAGACCUUUGUUGACGACUGGUCAGAGGACGUUGAGCUUCCAGACCCUGAGACUGUCCUGCAGCUAAAGACACCCCGGGAAACAGUGUUUCCUGAUAGCCUCCGAAAUGUCAGCUCUGCUGCCACCAGCCCAAUAAAGUCCGCGGCCUCGCCAUCCUGGAACGAUGAUAUCUCUACACAUUUACAAUCAGCCUUUGAAUUCGACGGCUUUGAACCCCAAUGCAUACCAACGCUUAAAGCUCCAACCCCUCGCUCUCCAAACAAAUCCUCUACGGGCAAUGCCGGGGCUCCCAAUGUGGAACAGGAAACAGACGAUGACUUUAAUCAGGACUUCGAAUUACCUCAAAACCUUCAGCCCCUAGAAUUGUCCUACCGAAAGGAAAAUUAUAACGCUUCUAGUCCCACCCUGGACGAUUUCGAUCUUGAGUGGUCUGAAGGAAGUAUCGGCGUCAGGGUUGGUGGCACUACAAGGGACGGUCGCUCUGUUCCCAGCUCCUCGAUUUCGAUUGCCAGCCCCAGCGUCUCAAGCUGUCUUACGGCGGAAAGUGAAGAUGAUGGCCUCGACGGCCUCGUCAUCCCCGAAGGUCCUUUAGAUUUCAAGGCCUCACUCAAGAAGCGCCAAACAUCACAGAUUGAGAAUGUGGACGUACGAGAGAAUCAACUGGAUCAAGUCCCGGAUGCUGAUGACUUCUUCUCUGGAAUCGAAAUCGACAAUGGAAAGGCCUUUUCUUCGGGGAAGUUGGCUUUGAAUCCUAACAUAAAAUGCAAGACAGAACGGCCUUCUAGUCCGACUCGUCGGUCUGCAACAACUCUUACAUUCACCAGCGCAACGGGUUCUCCACGAACCCGCAUCCCUCGCUUGUCCGGUCAUGACCGGACACAUUCAACCCAUCUUGAGACUGUCUCAGAGAGUGGUGCUCCUCUUUCCAAAUUCCGAACAUCUCAAUCGCGUCUAGGGCAUUCAUCUCAAUCAUCCACCUCAAGUCUUCCCAUAUCUAAUGUCAUUUCGACAUCGCCAACUCCAUCGCUCUCUGGUCGACGACUUCUCGGAUCUCGAACUCCCAGGGACAGUUCCCAGGCCAGCGAGGCUAAUCCCCCAACUAGGCGUUUGAAAACGAAACGUUCCCUGCCCUCUAUCCGUGGCACGGGAUCGGCGGCGUUGACACAGCCUUCUCAGCGCCCAUCGAUAGAUCGCCCUGUGCGUCUCCCUUCCGCGAGACCUAAAACACCGGUGGACCGCCCCUUCAUUGAUGGGAGGACAUUUGGUCGCAGACCGCAGGCCCCGUUCAUGCCAGCUGGCCCCUCAGAAUCUCAAUUACAUACUAAUGCGACGGGAUACCGCUCCUCCCGUCGCACAAACUCAGACGGCUCCAGCGGUCUCCUUAGCCCACAGGGAACCUUGGGUCGGCUCCCUCGAUCAACUCGGAAUGAGUCCUUCCGUACUAGCUUUGGCGAAUCAAACCCGGAUUCUGCUGGUUCUGCGAAGCGUACCCUCACACGACCAACCAAACGGCGUAAUUUUGGAGAUGGCACAGAGCUCGAGUCGUUUGACGACUUGUCUACGUCUGUCACGGCAGAGAGCAAGUUUGUCAAAACCCCCACAGGUCGAGGUGCUCCUAGAUCUCUUCGCACCAGACUCAGCCAAAGUCGGAUUGAGCCACCGCAAGAUGUGUCACCUGCUCAAUCGUCAACAUCCCCAUCGGCCUUUAAAAUGAGAAGCCCGACACCUAGGUUUGCCCAAGAUACCAAUGCAUCCAGGAAUGCAAGAGAGCAACGUAUUGCUUCCAUGGCGAUGAACUCAAAAACCCGUGAAUUAAAUCACCUCUCUAGUUUCAGCUCGAACUGGAAGCCCCAGCCUAUCUCAAGAGCUCCUCCCUCGGCAACAAUUCGAAGCCGGAAAAGCAGGCCUAGUAUCAAAUCGACAUCAAAACCACACCUGAUCAAGCCGAUGGGGUCUGGGGUGCAGGAUGCCAAAUCCGUGAGAGGUAUGCGUUAUAACCCUACAAACUUCCGCUGGGAAGGAAAUGAAAACCUGGUGCAAGAUUUCGAUCCUGCCCCAAAAUCACCUAAGCCUGCGCCUGCUCUCAUCACCAAUGUUGGCGCAAUGCACAACGUCCAGACUGUCGGUGGGAUGGUCUUCGAUCCACAUCGUAUGUGCUGGCUCAAGGCCCCACUUGACGGUGUUGCAGAUGAAGAUGAUGUUUUUGCCGGUCUAGAUGACUUGGAGGCAAGCAGCCCCCAUGGACGCAUUUCGGGGGCAUUCGAAACCCCCCAGUUCCAGAGAGAUGAGGCAAGUGCCGGUGAAUCCUCCGACGAAGGCCCCAUGACAGAGGAAUUCGAUGUCGGACCAGAAUUCAUUCGACGACAGAGAGCCGAGGAAGAAAAGUGGAGGCGCAAGGUUGACAAGUGGGUUGGCUUCGACCGCCACGAAAAUCACCUAUGGAUCAUUCGUGAUUUGGUGGCACUUGAUGGCAGGGGAGAAGCAGCCUAG